CCAGUUUUCUUCAUUAAUUCUAAAUGAAAGGUUUCGGGAACUCAACGAUUAUCAUUCCUAUUUCUCUUUGUUUUAUUUUCAUAUUCAUUUAUCAUUUAGAAGACGUGCUUGCGGCUCCUUCUAGGCAUUUGUGUCGUCCCGAACAAAGGGAUGCACUUCUCGCUUUCAAAAACGAGUUUCACUUUGGGAAGCUUCAUUAUUAUUGUGAGCUGCAACGCUUUGACUCUCAUCCAAAGACGAAGUCAUGGGGGAAUAACAGCGACUGUUGUAGUUGGAAGGGAAUCACGUGCAAUGCCCAGUCCAGAGAAGUGGUUGGGCUAGACCUUCGCUGCAGCGGCCUCCAUGGCCGGUUUCAUUCCAAUAGCAGUCUUCAAAACCUUCCUUUUCUAACCACUCUUGACCUUUCAUUUAAUGAUUUUUAUGGUCAAGUCCCAUCUUCUGUUGGAAAUUUUUCUCAUCUUAUAACUCUCCGCCUUCAGGGAAAUAAGUUCAGUGGUCGGAUUCCAUCUUCCAUUGGAAACCUUUUUCAUCUCACCUCUCUCUACCUUCCGAAUAAUCAUUUCACUGGUCGGAUUCCAACUUGGAUUGGAAACCUUUCUCAACUCACCGAACUCGGCCUUUGGAGAAACAAUCUCGUUGGUGAAAUCCCAUCAUCAAUUGGAAACCUUCCUCAACUCACCAUACUCGCCUUUUGGGGAAACAAUCUCGUUGGUGAAAUCCCAUCUUCAAUUGGAAACCUUUCUCAACUCACCGAUCUCAGCAUCUCGCGUAACGAUCUCGUUGGUGAAAUCCCAUCUUCUUUUGGCAAUCUCAGCAAGCUGACCUACUUUGAAGCAAGUCUAAAUGCUUUCACUGGAACUAUCCCUUUUCAUCUUUUUACCAUUCCUUCUUUGAUAAGUAUUAUUUUGAGUGAUAACCAACUCAACGGCACUCUUGAGUUUGGUAAUACAUCUUCACCAUCUAACCUAGAAUCAUUAUCCCUUGGCAACAACAACUUCAAAGGGCCAAUCCCGAGAUCCAUUUCCAAAUUUGUCAACCUUAAGUCUCUUGACCUUUCUCCUUUCGACACCCAAGGCCGCCCAGUUGACUUUAGUAUAUUCUCGCCUCUCAAGUCACUCCAAUAUCUAUACCUUUCCUAUUUGAACACCACCACUACAAUUGACUUGUAUGAUAUCUUAUCAUAUUCCAAAAAACUCUCUAUUUUAUCUCUCUCAGGCAACCAUGUUUCAACAACAAACAAAAGUUCAGUUUCAAAUCCCCCUUCACAGCAGAUAUAUGCUUUGUACUUGUCAGGCUGCGGUAUCACCUAGUUUCCAGAGCUCCUAAGAACCCUACAUGGAAUUGAAUAUCUAGACAUUUCCAACAACAAAAUCAAAGGUCAAGUUCCUGCCUGGUUAUGGACUCUGUCAAACAUGUGGUACGUGAAUCUUUCCAACAACACUUUCAUCAGUUUCCAAACAUCAAAGAAAAAACAAGGACUAUCCUCUGUCCGGAAACCAUUAUUGAGGUACUUGCUUGGCUCCAACAACAACUUCACCGGAAAGAUUCCUUCUUUCAUAUGCGAGUUGCGUUCUCUAGAGACUCUCGAUUUAUCUGAAAACAACUUUAAGGGUUCAAUCCCUUAUUGCUUGGGAAAUCUCAAGAGUAAUCUUUCACAUCUAAACCUUCGUCAGAAUAAUCUAGGUGGAAGUCUUCCAAAGCAUAUAUUUGAAAGUCUAAGGUCGCUUGACGUCGGUCAUAACCAACUUGUGGGAAAGCUUCCAAGAUCUUUGAAUCGUUUCUCUACUCUUGAAGUUUUGAACGUAGAAAGCAACAAAAUCAACGACACGUUUCCCUUCUGGUUGGGUUCUCUACGAAAGCUAAGAGUUCUUGUCCUUCGCUCCAAUGCAUUCCAUGGACCAAUACAUCAAGCCUCGUUCCCUCAGUUGCGAAUCAUCGACAUUUCACAUAAUCACUUCGAUGGAACUUUGCCAUCAAAUUACUUUUCGAAGUGGACUGCUAUGUCAUCACUUGGGCCCGAAGAAGAUCACUCUUCCGAAAAGUACAUGGGAGAUGGAUCAAGCUAUUACUAUGAUUCAAUGGUUUUGAUGAAUAAAGGUGUAGAGAUGGAGCUAGUACGUAUCUUAAAAAUCUUAACAGCAAUCGACUUUUCGGGUAACAAAUUUGAAGGAGAGAUACCAAAGUCCAUCGGUCUACUGAAAGAGCUUCGUGUGCUUAACUUGGCAAACAAUGCAUUCACUGGCCGCAUCCCUUCAUCUAUGGGGAAUCUGACAGUUCUCGAGUCGUUGGAUGUUUCCCGAAACAAGCUUUCAGGAGAAAUUCCACAAGACCUAGGGGAGCUCUCGUUCCUUGCGUACAUGAACUUCUCUCAUAACCAGCUUGCAGGCCUAGUUCCAGGGGGCACUCAGUUUCGGACGCAGCGUUGCUCUUCUUUCGAGGACAAUAUGGGACUUUUUGGCCCUUCUUUUGAUGAAGUUUGCAGAGAUAUUCACACAGCACCAGCAUCACAUCAACAAUAUGAAACGUCGGAAUCAGAGGAAGAAGACGAAGAAGAGGUGAUUAGUUGGAUAGCAGCUGCAAUAGGAUUCGUACCUGGUAUUGUAUCUGGUUUGACGUUUGGAUACAUAUUGGUUUCCCACAAACCAGAGUGGUUCAUGAACCCUUUUGGCCGAAACAAUCGUAAAGGCAGAAGCACCACAACUCACUAGAGAGAGGCUUAAAGCCUAUCUGAAGAAUCUGGACGAGGAAAGUAACUAUCUCUUUAAGCCAGCUUUGUCCAAAUCCAGAUUGGUUUAGAUUUCGGUUAUUGUUCCCAGUUUAGCUUUGUGUGCUUAUCUUUUACUCUGUUUUUUGCCAAGUUUGUAAAUGAGCAACUCUGUUUCGAACCUUAAAUUACUCUCCCUUUAGAUGCACAUGUAAUUUUUUUUUUCUACGAUGUUAUCUUUACUUUUUCCUACUAGACUCUCGCAUCUAUAUAUACGUAUGUCCAUUGUUCAUAUCAAUUAGUUACAGAUAUACAG